AUGUCUGGUCCAGACGUGCCGUCGCUCGACCCAGAGGAGGCGCUACAGCUCACGCAGCGGGGCGGCACUCUGGUGUGCCUCGGCCUUCCCGCGGGCCGGGAGUUUGGCGUCGACUUGCGCUCGUACACCGUCGGGGAUCGCUUUGGCGGCAUGAAGAUGAUCCCGACGCAGGGCGUGCACUUCCUCGUCUUUGGCACCGACAUGGAUCGCACAGGCUGCUUCGUCUCGCUCGCUCCCUCCGAGGUGGCCGUGUUCCGCCUCUCGCUCGACGCGUCGCUCGGCCCGUACCCGCUGGGCACUUGGGGAGAAUGGGCCGCGCUCACGCAGCACAUCUCGCCCGCGGCCCUCGCCCGGGCCGCCAUCGCGCCGCCCACGCUCGUCGCCGCUGCGCCCAGGCUGAAGCUGUCCAGGCUGAAGCCAAUGUGGCAGCGCCGGCCGCACCCGCCGCUGCCGGGGAGCGGGCGGGGAGCUGCGCAGCAGGUGGCGCAGCAGGUGGCGGCGCAUCUGAAGGCGGCUCGGAGGGUGGAGGUGGGUGCGGUGGCGGUGCAGCUGCGGUCCGAGUGGCUCGGCUGGCUGCUCGCGCACGAGUACUCUCCGCCGCCGGACUCGAGUCGGCUGCCGGCUCGCGCGGCCGACGGGCUGAGCGCGUGCGAGGCGGGUUUGCUCGGCGAGCUGCAGCUGUCCUUCCUGCUCUUCCUCCGCCUCUCCUGCCUCGCGUCGCUCGAGCAGUGGAAGCGGCUCGUGUCGCUCCUGCUUCGCGCGUUUGCCCUCGAACGCUUCCGAAUCGACAUCGAGGUGGACUUGGCCGACGAGGACGAGGACGAGCCAACUGUGGUGGAGUUGCCGACCGACCGCUGA